AUGCUGCACUUCCUCAAGCUCGCCCCGACCAUUUCGGUCGCCCUGCUCGUGCUGCAGCAGCAGAUGCAGCCCAACGGCGGCGGUCGAGUCCUUGCGAGGCCGGUACAUGGAAAUACGGGCAGUGAGGCUUUUCCUGUGCUUGCUACGAGCCCUCGCUCGACCGGACCCGCGGCCGAGAAGGACAGCUCUUCGAGCGCUGACCCGCCCGCGGUACUCAAAGCUCUCGACGCCAUGUCUGGGUCGCAGCCACAGACGGGUCAGAGCGCCACUCCCUACAUGGCCAUCAAUCACGGUGAAGGAGGCAUGAUCAAGCCAGGUCAAUCGUCCGACGGCACGGUGAGCAAGUCCUCCACCCAGUCUGGUGCGUCGAAGCAGAACGGCGCUCAAUCGCCGCAGACCCACAGUCAGGGUGGCAAGAGCAGCGAUGCGGCCAAAGCGGCGAUGAAGACGUUGCAGCAGCCACGCACGCGCUUCUGUGCCCAAGCGGCCAACACGAACCGCACCGUGGAUGCCAUUUCGCAGAACCUGGUGUCUGCCGAACGCAAGCGGCUCGCCAAGAUCCGCAAGCAGCGUCAGGCCAAGUCGACAGGUCACAACGCCACCGAUGCACGCUCCCUGACCGAUGCAAAGCUGCUCGCCGAGCAGAGCAAGACGGUGGACGUCGUCUGGCAUGUGAUUUACUCUGGCAACUCCGGCAACCUGUCCGAUGCCAUGAUUGCCGACCAGAUCCAGACGCUCAACGACGACUACAAGGCGUACGGGUUUGCGUUUGAGCUCAACGCCACCAACCGCGUCGAAAACGCCAGCUGGUACCGAAACAUCAUGCCCGACGGAUCGCUGCAGGACCAGAUGAAGGCCCAACUCAGACGGGGAGACGCAAAGACGCUCAACCUCUACAGCGUUGAUUUCAACAAUGGCCUGCUGGGCUACAGCUCGUUCCCAUGGAACAUCGAGGAUCUCACCAACGAUGGCGUCGUGUUUCAGUACUCGACUGUACCCGGUGGGAGCGAGACGGGGUACAAUUUGGGAAAGACCGCAACGCACGAGGUCGGACAUUGGCUGGGGCUGUACCAUGUCUUCCAGGGCGGAUGCGUUGCGCCGGGUGACUUCGUCGAUGAUACUCCGCCCCAGAGCGUUGCGACGAGCGGAUGCCCCGCGGGACAGGACAGCUGCUCCGGCGGAGGCCCCGACUCGAUCCACAACUACAUGGACUACUCGAGCGAUGCCUGCCUGACUGAAUUCACCGAGGGCCAGGCGGUGCGCAUGGCGGCGCUCAGCGGCGAAUACCGUUCGCUCUAG